UGCUCUAACCGCACCGCCGCCACCGUAGCCAGUUACCGAAACGAGAGCCACAACUCUUAGCAACUUUGCCUCCCGCUUGAGAGUUUCGGUCAUUGAUGGGUUGGGUAGAGGAGAAAGUUGCCUGUCAGCGUCUCAGGGACCAGAAUAAUAGGACAUUGUACAACUGGAGAAGUCGUUGGCUGCAGGACACACUGUCGGUUUGAGCAACGAUCCGGGAAGGUGCUAACGAAACGGGAGUGUGAGUUUUCGGAACUGGCCUUGAACUGGCAGGUGCUCGGUUGAAAAAAAAAAAAAAAAAAUCGAACCGUCACAUACUUUACAGCAAUCCAGGGAUGUUUUACAAUCCAGUUUAGCCUGUUCCGAUGGUGCUUUCGGGACGUUUGAGAGCUGCUUCCAAUUCUGGAGAAACCUGAUUGACCGCAGGUGCUGAUUGUGCUGAGGGAGAAAGUGGGUGAGCUUGCAACAGUGUGCAUCGAACAGGGCCGCUGUGUUGCACGGCUGGGAGCGGGAGGGUGACCCAAUUAGGCAGCGAUAAUUAGCCUGGCAGCAGAGGCCUCGUUCCCUGGAAAUCAUUCGCAUGCUGUGUUUGUGUCUGAUGGGGAAAGUGGAGACAAGUUCUCAAGAUGGUAUCAGAGCUGCGCGCUGAAUGGAAACUUUCCACCCGGGAUUGUGCUUUCUUCAGGUCUGUUAUGCAACUGGAAACUCUGCUUCAGAAAGAAUUGGGCCAUAUUGCAAACGGAAUUCAGACUCGGCUGCUCCAGGCUCUGUUCUUCAUCUCCUCCUCCACCUCCUCUUCCUCUCCUGCUUUCGGGAACUCUUCGCUGACCCCUCAAUGCGGCAGAGUUACCUGGAGGCGGAGGGGGCUAAAGUCUCCCAACCAAAUGCAUGAGAGGCAUUUUCUUAAGGGUCAGAGAAGGGACCGACACCCACCAGCCACUGCCUGCAAGGCCUUAUAUGUGAACAAGGUGAUGUCCAUCAUCUUUUCUGUGACCUUUCUGGCGUUUCUGUGUGGCAUCCAAUCGACCAGCAUGGAUCAAGGGAGUUUAUCAGAAGAUUCCAUGAAUUCUUUCCUUAGGACACUGAUUCAAGCUGGUAUUUGGAAAAACAAGGUCCCCAAGCAGACAGCCAGAACCAAGGAUGGCAUGCCAACCACAGGGAGGGAAACCGAGGCUGAAGCAGAGGUGACUACAAGCCAAGAUAUUCGAUUUUCGGGUUUCCAGCCUAUCGUUUCAUUGGAUGUGGAAUUAGUGAGGCAGCAGAGACGCUUCAGUUCUCCCCGGGUCCUCCUGAGUGAAAAUACCCCCCUGGAGCCCCCUCCUUUGUAUCUGAUGGAGGAGCCCAUGGUGCUGAACCGAACGUCUCGCCGGAAGAGGCAUGCGGAAGGAAAAACCCACCGUGGGGAAUACUCUGUGUGUGACAGCGAGAGCCGAUGGGUCACGGACAAAACGUCUGCGGUUGACAUCCGAGGACACCAGGUGACUGUCUUGGGAGAAAUCCGAAUGGGCCCGUCUCCGGUCAAACAAUAUUUUUACGAAACCAGGUGCAAGCAAGCCAAACCUGCCCGGAGUGGUUGUCGCGGCAUUGACGAUAAGCACUGGAAUUCCCAGUGCAAAACCUCGCAAACGUUUGUCCGCGCAUUGACUUCGGAAAACAAUAAACUCGUCGCCUGGCGAUGGAUCAGAAUAGACACCUCGUGUGUCUGCGCCUUGUCCAGGAAAAUUGGACGAACUUAGGUGCGUUUCUCUCGGCCAUAUAAAUUAUUAUGACUAAAUUAUACGAUAUGCAUGUAGCAUAUAAAGGUUUCUAUUGUUUAUAUAUUAUAAGUGGUCCUUAUUUAUUAAAGUCCAGCCAACUACUCUCUCUCUCUCGUGAUAAAGAACAGUAAAGAAUGGAUGUAUAAUUGUGGCAAACAUCAUUUCUCCUUUCUGUUUGUGAUUGCAGGUCCUCCGCAACUUUCCAUAAACUGCUUAAAAAAAAAAAAAAAAAA